AUUUCAAUUAUCGUGAUGGAAACUACGGGUGAUACCAAAAUUAGUAAAAAUGAACUUAAAAGAAGAUUAAAAGCUGAACAAAAAGCUAAAUCUAAAAUUGAAAUAGAACAACCAGACUUAAAUGGUCCAACAAACACUAUACUUAACUCAAAGUGUAAGACAGAUGAUUCCAAAAAUAAAUUAAAGGGAGAUGAAGAAGAAGCCAUUGAUCCAAAUGAAUAUUACAAACUUCGAAGUUUGGCUGUUCAAAAACUCAAAUCAUCUUUCUUAAUUGAUUAUAUGAAAUCAUUUGAUAGCAACAUUAACAAGAAAGAUACCAACUAUUUGGCCAAUCCUUCCUCUCAUUAUCCCUACCCACAUAAAUUUCAUGUGUCCAUAUCUCUCAAGGGCUUUAUCGACAAAUAUUCUUAUUUGCAAAAUGAACAAGUGCUACAAAAUGAGAUUGUCAAUAUUGCAGGCAGAAUUCAUUCCAAAAGAGAAUACGGCGCCAAAUUAGCCUUUUAUGAUGUCAGAGGAGAGAUUGAUGCCAAACUUCAAAUUUUAGCCAAUGCUUCAUACUAUGCUGACAGUGAAUCAUCUGCUUUUGCCGAUAUAAACGAAAUAUUGAAACGAGGUGAUAUAGUGGGUGUUAGGGGAUAUCCUUCUCGAUCUAAGAAAGGAGAAUUGAGCAUAAUCCCAAUACAAAUGACUUUGUUAUCUCCGUGUCUUCAUCAAAUACCUCAUUUACACUAUGGACUUAAAGAUAAAGAAACCCGGUUUAGACAAAGAUAUCUGGACUUAUUAAUCAACCCAUCUGUGGCUAACAGAUUCGUGUCUCGAGCUAAAAUUAUCAACUAUAUAAGAAGGUUCUUCGACUCUUUAGGAUUCCUGGAAGUCGAAACUCCUAUGAUGAGCACUAUAGCUGGGGGUGCUGCCGCGAAACCAUUUGUAACCCAUCACAAUGAUUUGGAUAUGCACCUUUACAUGAGGGUCGCACCUGAGCUUUAUCUAAAGAUGUUGGUGGUUGGCGGGUUGGAUCGAGUUUUCGAGAUUGGCCGGCUAUUCCGUAACGAGGGCAUAGACUUAACUCACAACCCCGAAUUCACUUCUUGUGAAUUCUACAUGGCUUACGCCGAUUACAAUGACCUCAUUGAAUUAACAGAACUAUUGUUAUCAGGGAUGGUUAAGUACCUCAACGGAAACGACUCUUACAAGGUCAAAUAUCGCAUGCCCGUUCUCCAUUCUGAUCCACAUUCUAUCGAUGUCCAAACGGCAAAUGAUGUUGCACAUAAAAAUGAGAUAAAUAGCAAAGAUUUGGGGGAUGUGCCAACAGGCGACGAGGAUGAAGCUGUUAAAACUAAAUGGGUGGAAAUAAACUUUGAACCUCCUUUCAAGAGAAUUAGAAUGAUUCCAGAGUUAGAAAGACUCACACACCGAAAAUUUCCGCCUUUCGAUUCCGAUCCUGAAAAGAUGAACAAAUUUUUGGACGGUAUAUGCAUUGAACACGGUGUGGAUUGUACUGCUCCUAGGUCGACGGCACGUUUACUUGAUAAACUUGUAGGUCACUUUAUAGAAUCGCAAAUAGUCGAUCCUACAUUCAUUACCGAGCAUCCUCAAAUUAUGUCACCUCUGGCCAAAUGGCACAGGGGCAUUCCUGGCUUGACAGAAAGGUUCGAAUUAUUUGUUUGCGGCCGUGAAAUCUGCAAUGCCUACACUGAGCUCAACGACCCAUUCGUUCAAAGGGAGUUGUUUGAAUUACAGGCUAAGGAAAAGAUGGCAGGCGACGAAGAGGCCCAAGGAGUGGACGAUAAUUUUGUUCGAGCUUUGGAGUUCGGUCUUCCGCCUACUGGAGGGUGGGGCUUGGGCAUAGAUAGAUUAACUAUGCUUUUAACUGAUACCAGGAGUAUUAAAGAAGUUAUCCUAUUUCCAGCAAUGAAGCCAGAAUCAAAAGAUAUCGUUCCCCAAGAACUACAGAAUAAACCAGCUCAUUCUUGAUUUAAUAUUAUUUGGAAUGUGUUUUGCAAUAAAAAAUAUGUAUUAUUUAUGCUUUUUUUUUUAAAAAAAAGGAUUA